AUGACACAACUAUCGUCACUAAGACUGGCUGUAAAAUUACACGACAAGAGGCCUAAUAUUGCUUUUGAACAAGCCACUGACAUGCUUGCAAACGAUUUGAAAGUAAACAACACUCUCACUCAACUUCAUCUUGGAUGGAACCAAAUAUCCGAUAGAGGAGGCGAAGCACUAGCAGACGCACUGAAAGUAAACAACACUCUCACUCAACUUCAUCUUGCAGGCAACGAAAUAUCCGAUAGAGGAGGUGAAGCACUAGCAGAAGCACUGAAAGCAACAAAAUAUAGAGGAGGUGAAGCACUAGCAGACGCACUGAAAGUAAACAACACUCUCAAUAAACUUCAUCUUGCACACAACGAAAUAUCCGGUAGAGGAGGUGAAGCACUAGCAGAAGCACUGAAAUUAUUGAACCACUUUCCCAAGAACACAUUGAUAAAUCUUAGCUCUUUAUCCUUGUUCAACAUCCAAACAGAACAAGUGAUCAAAGUCGGACGAGCUGAAUCACUAGCAGAAGCACUGAAAGUAAACAACACUCUCAAUAAACUUGAUCUUGAAAGCACUAAUAACACUCUCACCCAACGUGAUCUUGAAGGGAACGUAAUAUCCGAGAGAGGAAGUGAAGCACUAGCAGAAGCACUGAAAGUAAACAACACUCUCACUCAACCUCAUCUUGCAGGCAGCAAAAUAUCCGAUAGAGGAGGUGAAGCACUUGCAGAAGCACUGAAAGUUUUUUCAAUUACUCUGGCUGGUUCACUUGUUAUUCAACCAUUUUGCCAAGAAUACAUUGAUAAAUCUUAG